CCCCUCCCGAAAGAUCUGUUCAAUUCAACAGGAGUGGAUGUCUACUGCAUUCUGAAACUCUUCACAAUGACCCUUGUCCUGGUCCUCUUCAUCGGGUGCAACGUCAUCCAUAAUGCCAAAGAAGCCCAGCAGGCCAAGGACAUUCUUUGCGGCGGCAGCCAGGAUUUCGUGCACGGCAUUCACCCGGAACUCGGCCUCGUUGCUGUAGCUGAUACGAAGCCCUUCAAGGCGCACGCAGGCUUCGAGAUUCCUGGGAUGCGUGAAGUGUUGGAUGAUGUGGUUUCCAAGUACGAUCUGGACACCUUCGUACGAGUGGGCGGUAGCUGGGGCAGGGUCCAGGAGGAUGAUGAAAGCCCGAUUGUUCUGCACAGUGAGGACGGGGUAAACCAACUGUCAGAUUGGGUGAAAUCACCUUUGAACUUCGCCAGUAUGCCUGUUGCUUGUCGUGAUCAAGAGAUUGGCGGCAUCGUGUAUUAUCCCGGGAGCGAAAUUCCUGUGUGGGGGCCUGCAAGUUCUACGUUCGCUGCAUUUACCAGCUGGGCGUGGCAAUCCCUGACGGCGAUGACGGGUGCCACCAACUGCACCCAAGCAAGAACGUUGUGCGACGACAUGGCCAUGCCAUUGGUGCGCGUUUUGUGUCCUGACACCUGCGGCUGCAACGCCGCAGACAGCGGCGUCACCUUUGACUACGGCUGUCUCGAGCAAUGCAGAGGUACAGCGGGGGCCUUCAGGGAAAGUUUGGAUCAGGCCCCGUGCCAGGACUUCACGGGCGAAGCGCGACGCCAGGAAGCCUGGCAGCGCUUCUGGACCGUAUAUUGGACUGGCAGUGGCGACAGUCUGAGGCAGUAUUUGCAGGGGAACUGUAGUCUUAUCCCAGUCCCCAGGUUUUGCAACUUCUAUCCCUGGACCCACAACGGGCAGCGCGAUGUGAAGCUUCGCCCGCUGACCGCGCUCUGCCCAGAGACAUGUGGCUGUGCUGACUCGAAUGACUCAGACUCUGUCACAUGGUGCCCCAAAAGUUGCGUAAGCCGUGAGGCAGUCUGA